AUGGCUAGAGAAUUUCAUGCUAUACUUGGCGGUGGCAACAGAGAUUAUAUUACAGGAAUUUUAUAUUUGUUAGGAAUUAUCUUUCUAUCUCUUUGUGUUUUAUCAAUCAUCAUAUUUUCAUGCGGCGACGACAACAACAACAAUCAAAAGCGACGGAAAAAAAGAGACGGACGUGGUAUUAGUGGAAUUGGUGGCGACGGUGGUGGCGACGGAGGAGGAAGCGGUUACGGUGGAGGCAGCAAUUAG